AUGACGAGAUUCUUCUAUUACUUCGCCUACGGUAGUAAUUUACUGAAGGAACGAAUACGAGUACAGUACACUUAUCGGCAGAUCAAAGGUGCAGAAUUCGAGAGAAGUGGGGUCCUGAAGAACUAUGAACUCGACUUCGUCGCCAAUUCAACGCGGUGGCACGGCGGUCUGGCAACGAUUAAGGAAAAGUCGGGAGCAGAGGUGUAUGGUUGUGUAUGGCGUGUACCAGAAGAGUUUGCGGACGAAUUAGAUCUACAGGAGAAAGGAUAUCAUCGACUGAGCGGUGGGAUUCAUUUACACUCAUACGUUAAUGGCGGCCGUUUCGUGAAUUGCCUAUUUGCAGUAUGUAUUGAAUGCGUGAAUAGCGUGAUAGAAUGUCGAACCUAUCAGUAUUCUGACAGCAAAGCGCCAUCCCUACCACCAUCGCCACAUUACAAGACUGUGAUCCUGGCGGGAGCCGUUGAGAAUUCAUUACCAGCUUCGUAUGUCAAAAGUAAAUUGUCAUAUUGUGCAUAG